AUGAAAGGCUGUGUACAGUGUUUGAGAAUUAUACUAGUGAUUUUCAACUUCCUUGUUGUGCUAAUUGGUUUAGCAGUUUUGGGCUUUUCUGUAUACAUUUAUUUGGAGCCAGAAGCCCAGGAUAUCAUAUUAGCGUCAGGACAACAGCAUGCAGUACAAAUAAUGCUAUACGCUUUGAUGGGAAUCGGUGGAGUUACACUAGUCAUUGCACUAUUCGGAUGUUGUGGAGCUUAUCAUGAAUCUCAGUGUUUGUUGGGGACAUAUUUCACCAUCUUGAUUGUAAUCUUUGCAACUCAAGUAACUGGAGCAACAUUAGGUUACUUAUAUAGAGAAGAGAUUAUGAAAUAUGUGGAUGAUCGUAUGAGGGAAGGUAUCGAAGAAUAUUCAAUGCUGCGUGACCAGCGUGAAAAUCCUGUACCGUUUAUGGAUUCAAUUCAACGUAUGUUGCGUUGCUGUGGUGUAAAUGGUUAUGAAGAUUAUCGUGAAAGCAUACCAAUAGCUUGUUGUGAUCAUCAUGUCAGCAAUUGUCUAAAUGUUCUAUUAUCACCUGAAGAAGUUUAUAAAGAGGGUUGCAAAGAUAAAUACAAGGCAAUGUUGAAAGACAAACUGGUAAUCAUAUUCCUUGCGACUGUUUCUAUUGCAGCCUUUGAAAUAUUUUGUCUUCUGUUUUCAAUGGUCAUGUGUUGCACAAUACGGCAGUAUCAUUCAGACUAUUAUGGAGUGAAUUAUUCAAUUGCCACUUGA